UCGACAUUGAAAGAAGUCUAAACUUACCGUCAUCAUGUCCGCUAACAAUGCUCUGACACCCCGUGUAUUCCUUUUUCGCCAUGGAGAAACCGAAUGGGCCAAAUUGGGCCGUUUCACCAGCACUACUGAUAUCGCCUUGAACCCAACUGGCUCUGCUCAAGUUUCCGGAAUGGCUAUGAUGCUCGUGGGACCGGGAAAACUCCUCGACCCGUGUCGCCUUGAGCGCAUCUUUGUCAGUCCAAGGAGAAGAACCAAACAGACCUUUGAGUUAUUGCUGGGACCUAAAUCAGAUUUCGCCGAAGGAAAAUAUACCUACACCGAGGACAUCACGGAGUGGGAUUAUGGCGAUUAUGAAGGGCUUAAGGACCACGAAAUCAGAAUCCUCAGGCAAGAGAGGGGUCACGACAAAGAAAAGAAGUGGGAUAUCUGGACAAAUGGAUGUGAGGGUGGAGAAUCGAGACACCAAGUUGAGGAACGGCUGGACAGGAUUAUCGUACAAAUCAAAGAGAUUCAGCAGCCUCAUAUGCAUGGGGAGAAACCUGCUGAUGUCCUUGUUGUUGCACAUGGCCUCAUCCUUCGCUGUUUUACGAAGCGGUGGAUCGGCUUAUCGAUUAAUAAUCCGCUGCCCAUCAUGCUCGAACCUGGGGCGAUCUCUGUUUUGAGUUACAAAAAUAAUAACGUUAAUGAGCCGGCCUUGCACGUCGGCCUAGCGUUUCCGUUUGAAGGAGAUGCAAUACCAGCGGGGCAUAUGGAAAAGAUUCCAGCUCUAGAUUAAACACCGUGCUGCGUGUCUGCAUAGAUCUAAGGAUGGGGCCGUUAUGACAAUAGUCUCACGAGACCACUUCUCUGUCUAUCAGGGUGCUCAAGAAAACAUGCGAAUUGGUAUGUACAUGUUGAACCAAAGUCGACCUCCUUGGAUAUACCGCAUUACCUAUGGAAUGGAAUACAAUAUAUAGAUUAAGUGAGGAUAGUAGCUGUUGUAAUUACAAUGAGCCCUGUGUCACUCAUUAUAGCAAUCUCAUCACCAAUCUUUAAAUGCCAUAGUGCGGCUUUAGUGUCUAGGGGCCGUGCCUGGGGGUGCGUGUUUCAAUGGAGGCUAUACCAAGUUCAAGGAUAUAAAUAUUGGGCUCAUGCUUGCCUGCCAGGCAUGGCUUUAUAUU